CUACUCGCCAGGCGCCUCUUGGAGAGUAAAGACGUGGGGGAGCAGAGAUGUUCAGAGCUGCGCUAUCCCUGCCGUCCCUACUGCUGCUGCUCCUGUCCUGGGUGCCCCGAAGCGAGGCAGCUCCCCAGCAGGACGAGAUCCAGUUCCUCCCCGGGCUCGCCAAGCAGCCGAGUUUCCGCCAAUACUCCGGCUACCUCCACGGCUCCGGCUCCAAGCGCCUGCAUUACUGGUUUGUGGAGGCCCAGAAGGAUCCCAAGAGCAGCCCUGUGGUGCUGUGGCUCAACGGAGGGCCAGGCUGCAGCUCCCUCGGUGGGUUCCUCACAGAGCAUGGCCCCUUCCUGAUCCAGCCAGAUGGUGUUACCCUGCAGUACAACCCCUAUUCUUGGAACCUGAUUGCCAACAUGUUGUACCUCGAGUCCCCAGCCGGGGUGGGCUUCUCCUACUCUGAUGACAAGUAUUAUGUGACCAACGACACUGAAGUUGCUCAGAGCAAUUAUGAGGCCCUUAAAGAUUUCUUCUGCCUCUUUCCGGAGUACAAGGACAACGAGCUUUUCCUGACAGGAGAGAGCUAUGGCGGCGUCUACAUCCCCACCCUGGCGGUGUUGGUCAUGCAGGACCCCAGCUUGAACCUGCAGGGGCUGGCUGUGGGCAAUGGACUCUCCUCCUAUGAGCAGAACGACAACUCCCUGGUCUAUUUCGCCUACUACCACGGUCUCCUGGGGAACAGUCUCUGGUCUUCUGUCCAGACCCACUGCUGCUCUGAAAACAAGUGUAACUUCUAUGACAACAAAGACCCAGAAUGCGUGACCCAGCUUAACGAAGUGUCCCGCAUCGUGGGGCAAUCUGGCCUCAACAUCUACAACCUCUAUGCCCCCUGUGCCGGGGGAGUGCCUGGCCAUAUCAGAUACGAGAAGAACACCAUGGUGGUCCAUGAUUUGGGCAACAUCUUCACUCGCCUCCCACUCAAGCGGACGUGGCAUCAGGUACUGCUGCAAUCUGGAGGUAGGACACGCCUGAACCCCCCCUGCAUCAACAGCACAGCCCUGUCCACCUACCUCAAUAACCCUUACGUGCAGAAGGCCCUGCACAUCCCCGACCAGCUGCCCCAGUGGGACCUGUGCAACCUCCUGGUGAAUGUGCAGUACCGCCGCAUCUACCAAACCAUGAACACCCAGUACCUCAAGCUGCUCAGCUCACAGAAAUACCGGAUCUUGAUAUACAAUGGAGAUGUAGACAUGGCCUGCAAUUUCAUGGGGGAUGAGUGGUUUGUGGAUUCUCUAAACCAGAAGAUAGAGGUGCAGCGGCGGCCCUGGUUAGUGGGCUAUGGGGACAGCGGGGAGCAGAUUGCUGGCUUCGUGAAGGAGUUCUCCCACAUGGCCUUUCUCACCGUCAAGGGCGCUGGACACAUGGUCCCCACCGACAAGCCCCAGGCUGCCUUCACCAUGUUCUCCCGCUUCCUGAACAAGAAGCCAUACUGAUGACCUCAGGGACCAGCCCCCCACUGCCUGAUCCAGCCCUCCCAGCCCCUCCCCUAGGAGAGAGGGCCUCCUUUACACACACGCCUCUGGGGGCAGGCCCCUGCCUCCACAAACCACCCUCCUUCCCAGGCCCUGAGCAUCCCAGAGGGGCACAGCACCUCAUGUAGACAACCCGGGGUAGUUAGCACUUUAUUCCUGCAGUAGACCCUGACUUGGGGGG